AUGUCGGCUCAAGUCGUAAAAGUCUCGGACCGUCAUCUCACGGUGACGGUCAAUGAGGGUCAUGGCGACGGCGAUGGUGCCCCGUACAUGUCCGUUUCGGGCCGUCAUUGGGAGUUCAUCAUACACGGCCCCGAUAGCCGACAUGUCCGGAUCGAGGUCUCCCGCCGUGAUGGCGCGGACGGCGCUCGUGUGGUCAAGCUCGAACUGCAGGAAGGCGUUGUCGAUGCCGUCGAAGAUGCUCGCCUUCCACAUGAUGACGCUCGUUCUCUCUCCGCCAGGCUUCCAAACCAUCCAGAGGAUGUCAACGACGUGGCCGGUACACCCGCACCUCCCGCUCAUGAGCUCGGUACCCACGCCCCCGAUGACGCCGAGGACAUCGCGGUCGGUCCCGACGGCGAGGCCCCUCCCGCUGCGCCCGCUCAGGAUCUCCCACCCGUCAUUCUCGCUGACGACGAUGCGCCUCCCGAACCCGCCGCACUGAACGUCGCGGUGGACCCACCCUUCAACGCUACCACACCGAACCCCGACGACGUCAUCGACCUUGCAUCGCACAACGACCUUGUCCACGCCUGGCUCACCGAUCAUCCCGAAGCCGGCUGGGUCUCUCCACCGCAUGAGCUCGCGCACGACCUUCGCGUGCACCUCCAAGAGACGGCCACUUCGCCCGAUCACCGGCGCAACCUAUUCAGCCUUUCGCCCGCCAUCCUCGCGUACAUCUCCGCGCACGGACAUGUCGCCCCAGGCCGCAAGACCUGGCUCAAGCGACUGCUCGGGCGACAGAGUACGUUCCGGGAGAAUGAUACUCGCGCGGUCAUGCCGGACGGCGAGCAGUUCUACGAGGCGCUCCUUCAAGUUCAUCUCGGUGCGACUGGACACGUUCACGCGAAGCCGCCGACGAUGCGGAAGGUGCUUCACGAGCGCUUUGUGCUGGGGCCCAGCGAGGCGUUUUACAAUGUUUGGGUUGCUCGCUGCCCUGGGUGUACGUGGCCAAAUUGA